AUGUCAUCAAAACCAGUAUCACAACAUAAUGAUGAUGAUGCUCUUCAUGAAGAUUUCUCUCCCAUCAAGAUCAGUUUCCGUACAGACUCCAUCGGAUCAAAUAUAACAAAUAUUCCUCAUCACAGAACACCCCAAAGAAUUAUUCAUCAUCCCCAUGGAUUGUCCGCCAAGCAUGACGCUCGUAGGAAUACUAUUGGUCAUAAUAAUAGCAUUAAACGAAGAGGUUUGGUAAACACACCAUUGAUUAGCAAUGCGGGAAUUAGAAAUCCAAUCACUUCGCCAAGGUUGGUAUCAAGGCAACCAAUAAACUUGGAAAGUAUAAAGAGAACUAAGCAACAUAUGGAUAAACAAAUAAAACUUGCAUUUCCUGAUGAAAACAAAGAGAAUAGGAAACAUUUGGAUUUAUCUUCUUCAGAUUCCGAAGAACCGUUUAGUUCACCAUUGAAGAGAUCUAGAAACGGCGACCACCAUCAUCAAGCAAGUACUCUUGGUGGAGAGUUACUGCAUCCAAGUAAAAUUCCAAAGAUGUCAACUAGUUUGAACAAAGAAGAGAUUGAAACAAGAGAAGAAACCCAAGAAGAUCGAAUCGAAGAAUUAGUCAAAGAAGAUUUCGUCGAGAAACAUAGACCAACUAGUGUUAUUGACGAUGAUGACGAUGAUGAAGAGGAUGUGAACGAAGCUGAAGAUGCAGAAGAACAGGGAUUACCAAAGUUUCAACAAGCUCUCGAACAUACUCAGAUUAAUAAGAUAAUUAAAGAAGAUAGGGCUGAUUAUGUUACUCCAGAAAGAAUGACCGAACCGGUUGCUAAAAGUCCUGAAACCCAUCAAAACGUACGCGUUAUCGAAGAGGAUAGAACUGAAAAUUUUGAAAACUACAAAGAUAAUACAAGUCCAUCAAAGAGAGGUAAUGGAAAUAUUGAAGAUGGUGAAGAUGAUACAGCAAACCUCACUUUGAAACAACUUGAAAAUGAACCCACGAUAAAUUUUUUGUUGUCUCCUAAUUCGAAACCUGUAUUCUCAUUGAAUCAAGUCAAUAAGAUACAACUGGAACAUGAUAACAAGACGAAAGGAUUACUUGAAGAUUUGGAUUCACGUGAUGAAACCAUCAAGCAAUUGAACGAACAGUUACAUGCUGCGAACGAGAAAUUGAUUGUUAGUCAGCAAGAGAAUAGAAACUUGAAGGAGAUGAAAGAUAAGUUGGUUAAUUCUGAACAAUUGUUAACUAUUCAACUAAAUCACAUUGAGAGGGAAUUGGCAUCCUUGACGAAAAAUUGUAAGAUAAAAGAUAGUUCACUUAAUAAUUUGAAACGUAAGUUAACAGAGCAAAAACUACUUUUGGAUGAAUCACAACAGGAAAAUGAUAACUUGAAGAACCACCUCAAUGACUCACAAAGACUUGAACGAGACCUCAAGGCUGAAAUAAUUGACACCAAUAAUUCCAACAUUGAUAUGACUUUGAAAUUGGAUCAAGUUGUCAAGGAAAAGGAAGAAUUAUGGGCUAGAAAUCAAGAAUUACUGGAAAAAUUAGCCUACGCUGAUAAUGUAUCUAAUUCAAAGUUUGAAAAAUUGAAAAAUGAUUUACAAGAAUUGGAAGCUUCACAAACGUCUUUGAGAAAUCGCUAUCACGAAUUGGAAGAAAAGAACAAGAAGUUGGAAAGUGAAAUUCAAGUGAAAGAAACCCGAAUCCAACAAUUGAAAGAGGAUAAUUCCACCAAUGAAAAAUUGAUGAAAGAAUAUGAUGAAGUGGCAACUGCAAAAAUACAUGAGAUAGAAGCUGAACGAGACGAGGCUCUUAAAAAUGGCCACGAGUUGCAAAAUUCAGUUACAGAUUUGUCAGUCGAAAUUAGGUGUCUAGAAGAUAAAUUGAAAGAGAGUGAACAUGCCAACUCGAAGCUUCAGCUUAAGAUUGAUGAGUUAGAAGCUAGAGAAGUACCAGCAGAGGAAUCACAGGAAUUGAAAUCAAAACUUGAAACGAAGGAAACAGAACUCAAUGAAACCACCAAAGAGUUGGAACAGAAAAAUGAAACCAUUAAAGAUUAUUUAACCAAGAUGGAUCAAUUAGUCGAUAGAGUUGAAUCUUUAAAACAACAAAAUGACGAGUCCAACAAAGAAAAAGAGAAUUUAGUUAAGGAAAUAAACGACUUACAAGAUAGAGCCGAUGCAGAAUGGGAUAAAUUGUCUAAACACUUGCAUGCUGAGUAUUCACGUAAGCAUAUCGAAAAAGUGAAAUUUUUAAGAGAAACCUUUGAAGCAGAUAUGGACAGACUUGUACAAGAUAAGAAGACUCUAGAAAGAGAAGUUGAGUUUUUGAAAGCCAAGAUUGAUAAAGGGAAUGAAGAAGCCAAAUAUUUAAGAGAAAGAAUCAAUUCUUUAAAUGAAAAUCCAUCAACUGCUAAAUUAAGUCCCAAGGCAACUUCUUCUCAACCUAGAAAAAGAUCCUUUAAUAAUUGA